CACGUGUCACGUGAUCAGCUGCUUGUGUGUAGCUCCCAGCAGUGACUCUGUCAGGGCGUCGACAGCCAGACCAACCCCCUCUCCCACUGACACACCCAGCGCUGACUCAGUCUGCAACCCUACACCGGCUAACUGCUGGCCACAAAGCCUCGGAGCUCACAGCAGCUGGAUUCCACCCGGCAGAAAGUUCCGGACUUUUCUCAGGAUGAAGUUUUAUCUGAGGAUCCUUUCCCUCCUUCUGCUCCUCGCUGCAGCGCUGACGCAGGAUGGGUUUAACCUGGAAGAUGCUCUGUUCGAUGAUCCCACCCCGGCACCCCCCAAAAAGCAGCCGGUAACACCGAAGAGGCCUGGAAGUGAUGGUGGCUUUGGACUAGAUUUGGAGAACGCUUUGGGACCAGAUCCCGCUCCAGAACCGAAGAAACCUGCAGAUAAACCUAGGAGCGGAGGAGGAGGAACCUUCGGUGACAACGACCUGUUUGAUGUCAGCAAUGGAGACUACAAGCCCGACGAAGGACGCUCUGGAGGCCGUGCAAAGGACACCAGCUAUGAUAAUCAAGGUGGAAAUGAUCAAGCUCAAGCAGGUUCUGGUCAAAUAGCCGGAAUCAUCAGCGCCGUAGGAGUUGCUUUGGUGGGAGCGGCGUCCAGCUACUUCGCCUACCAGAAGAAGAAGCUGUGCUUCAAGCUGCAGGGAGGCGCUGAUCCAGAGAGCGGGAAGGGUCCCCAGGGCGGGCGCUCCGACAACCAGGUUUUCAGCAACCUGCUCCAGAACAACUAGCAGAACCUGAUUGGACUUCUCAGCCGAAAGCCUGAAGACGUCUUUCCUACGGAAAAGGACCACCAGGUCGUGGACCGCCUGCAGACCCGACCGUCUGCCUGCUAAUCUUUCUCUCAGCUUCAAGAUCCCAACUGAACUGUCUGCAAUGAUUUCAGGGUUUUUAUUUUCAUCUCUUCCAGUUUCUGUUUCUCUGUUUUAUCCUUUCCAUGCCUGUUAAGAUGCCGCUUUCCUGUUCCGAAAUAAUCCAAAGACGAGGGCAGCAGAGGGGCCCUCCUGCCCGUUACCCUCGGGGGCCUUUCAGAGGAAAGGAGCUUCUCUGACAGAGCAGCAUGUGAACUAAAGGAGACGUUUGUAAAAAAUAUUCUUUUGUCGUCGUUAAAAGCUCGAAGCACUAUUGAAUGAUGGGGGUUUUAUAAGGCGGAUGUAAUUCGCUGGGUGAGGAUCCAGCCGAAGGAGAUUUCAUGUAAACUGCUGAUUGCCAUGGAAACAAGGGCUAAAUGAAAAUGUGCACAAUCUA